UUGUCCGGCGGAGCAGCGAUCAGCCAGUCAGUCCUACCGAGAACCCAGCGAGACUUCUACCGUGCGGCACCGGACCACCCCGUCGGAUCCAGAACCAGUCCAGAAUGUGGUGGCGGCAGCCGGAGGACAGCACCCACUGAGCCCGAGCAACCGCGAACGGAAAGCACCGAGCCACCGGAGCUGUCAUUUUUAACUCGGCGGGUCCGCCGGCUGCUCUCCCCGGUCACAGACUGCUCAGACUCCCCGGCUGGCUAGCUAACCCCCGCUAGCUGCUCGGCUAACACCCGCCGCUCCUCGCCGCUCGUCUGCCCGGGACAAACCGCACCUGUCCCGGCUGUCAGUGUCCCAGUCGCCCGCUAGGAGCUCCGAACAAUGCGCUGCUCGUUCGUGGGCGACUUUUCACGGCCGUGGGGGGUUUUAAGGCACACUUUGCCCAGAAACCAGUGAUAGCUCGGCGGCUCCAGCUAACAAGUUGACGUGGAGGAGGAACUGGAGUUUUUUUCUUCUUCUUUUUUUUUUUUUUUGGAUUGUCGAGAUUGUUGUUGAUGUUGUCCGAGCUGUGAUUCCACAAGGAUUACUUUUCACCACCCACCCACAAGAGGGCUUUCCCCACGCAGGUCACUAACCAGCCAGUUAGCUAUGUUUAUUUGCGGCCAGAAAGUAAUUUCAAGUGUUUCCAGAUUCCACAGUGGGACUCUUUCCUGGUUCGAGUGCUGCAGCGGAAACAUUAGCUAACACAGACUAGCUCCCAUCGGUGUUGUCGUGUUUCUAGCUAGAUAGACGGAACUAACUGUUGCCAAACUAUUCAACUAUCAGCUGCUGAUUGUGGGGGGUUUUUUCUGCACCUGGAGACCAGCUGACUGAUCCAAACCUCCACUUCCUCCAGCUGGCCGUGAAUUCACGUUGAGUUCGGAUCGUUAUCGAGAUAUUUUAUUUUCUGUCUAUUUUUUGGAGCAGAACCAGCAGAGAUGUCGGGCCAGUCUAUCACGGAUCGGAUCGCGGCAGCUCAGCACAGCAUGACCGGCUCGGCCAUCAGCAAGGCGGUGUGCAAAGCCACCACGCACGAAGUGAGCGGACCCAAGAAGAAGCACCUCGACUAUUUGAUCCACUGCACCAACGAGAUGAACGUCAACAUCCCCCAGCUGGCGGACACGCUGUUCGAGCGCACGGCCAACUCCAGCUGGGUGGUGGUCUUCAAAGCCCUCAUCACCACCCACCACCUCAUGAUGUACGGCAACGAGCGUUUCAUCCAGUACCUGGCCUCCAGAAACACUCUGUUCAACCUGAACAACUUCCUGGAUAAAGGAGCCCUGCAAGGUUACGACAUGUCAACCUUCAUCAGACGAUACAGUCGCUACCUGAACGAGAAGGCCAUGUCCUACCGACUGGUGGCUGUGGAUUUCACCAAGAUGAAGAGGGGUAUCGAUGGUGUGAUGCGCACCAUGAACACAGAGAAGCUGAUCAAGACGCUGCCCAUCAUCCAGAACCAGCUGGAUGCUCUGCUGGACUUCCAGGCCAACCCUAACGAGCUGACCAACGGCGUGAUCAACUCGGCCUUCAUGCUGCUCUUCAAAGACUCCAUCAGGCUGUUUGCGGCAUACAACGAAGGGGUCAUCAACCUGCUGGAGAAAUACUUCGACAUGAAGAAGAACCAGUGUAAAGACGCUCUGGACAUCUACAAGAAAUUUCUUUACAGGAUGACGAAGCUGUCGGAGUUCCUUAAAGUGGCAGAGCAAGUUGGAAUAGAUCAGGGUGACAUCCCAGAUCUCUCACAGAAAACAAAAGGAUCAUACAUUGCCCCCAGCAGCCUCCUGGAGGCUUUGGAGCAGCACUUGGCCUCUCUGGAGGGCAAGAAGACCAAGGAGCUGAACGCCGACACCAGAGCAUCAACCCUGUCCAGCGCCGUCUCGUCUCUCUCCUCCACCGGCAUGUCCUUCAGCCGCAUGGACGAGAAGGAGAAGCAGCAAGCCCUGGAGGAGGAGCAGGCCAGAUUGCAGGCUCUUAAGGACCAGCGCCUGAAGGAGAUCAGCAUGCAGACUCCACCCUCUGCCUCCCCCAGCAGCCAGUCGAUAGGCAGCGCCAACAACAACCACAUCACACAAACCCCGGAGUUGUUCAGCUCCGCGCUGUCUGCCAACAGCGUGCCCAAUCUGAACAGUGACCUGUUUGAUCUUCAGCCGGCCUUCAUCCCUGCUGUGCAGAGCACUCCCUCCAUCUCCACCGUCAACAGUGCCUGGGGAGGAAUGGAGAGCCAGCCUCUGCAGCAGACCUCCUCGGCCAUGACCGUAGAUUUCGAUGCCGUGUUUGGGAAUAAGGCCACACCCAGUAACAACGGCCCACAACCUGCAGCUGGUUUCGAUGCUCUCGGAGACCUGUUAAAGCCGACAGUUCCCACGCACACCGCACCUCCUCUUCCUCCUCAAAUGGCCAUCCAUCCUGGAGGAAAGCUGCUAGCCAACGACCUCGACUCCUCUCUGGCUAACCUCGUGGGCAAUCUGCAGUUUGGUGGGACCCCAGCCAAGAAGCCAGAGAUGCAGUGGAGCCAACCGGGAGAGAAGAAGCUGACCGGCGGCCAGAACUGGCAAAACAAGACCAUGUCGACUACACAGUGGAGCCCUGCACCGAUGGCACCACAGCCCAUGCCGGUACAACAUGUGAAUGGAAUGUUCUAUACUAGUUAUGCUCCAGCUCCCAUGGCUUUCCCCAUGACCACACCGCAAGUGCCUGUGUAUGGAAUGGUUCCUCCUCAGAUGGGUCAGAUGGGCGGGGUUCCUGUGAUGGCUCCUCAGCCCAUGAUGUACAACCAGCCUGUUCUCAGACCCACCAACCCCUUCGCACCGAUGCCCGGAGCCCAGAUGCAAUUCAUGUAAUCCAGUCGGGGGGGAAGCAGAGUGCCAAAAGCGACAAAGUAACAGCAGAAGAAAACACACAAGAGGACGAUCGGACGGACGGAGGAGUGAUUUUCGAUGGAGCUAAAGCAACUUAAGAGACGACAAGACGACCGACUGACGCCAAAAGAGGAGGAGAUGACGAAAAAGAGGAUGGAUGGAUGGAUGGAUGGAUGGACGGAUUGAUGGACGGAUGGAUGGUCGUCAUCUGAAACAACUCCCUGCAUGCGUGCUAGCGUAGCUUCUCUGUUUCUUUGUGUUUUUAAAUCUUGCCGAUGGAGUGACGCCUAAGGAGAGGGGAUGAGGAUGAGGAUGAGGAUGAGCGAGAGAAAGACGGGAUCGAGGAAACCCUACCUCUGGUUUUCAGUCGGGAUGUGAAUGUUCUCCGCUGCAGAAUUAGCUUUAUUUCAUACUGGUGCUAUUCUGUCCUCUCUGGGCCGCCGUCCGCCUGCAAAGGCAUCUUGGUUGCACAUCUGAGAGGACAAGUGUGUGUUCAACUGUGUGUGUUUGUGUGGAGAAACGUUGGCAGCAGUUGUUUCAGACGACCGACCGACCCGUCCAUCCCGUUCGCUGACUGUCCGUCCGGCGAGACACUCAGAGGCAAAUCUUCUCAAGUGUGUUUCCUGUAAUUUUUCCGCUCUGUUGGGAUACCUUUGUAUUUUUCCCUUCGUCAACCUUUUCCUGAAUGUCAUCGGGGCUUUGUACAGCAGUCUAUUGGAGCAUCUGUUAAUAGUAGCCGAGCAUUUGUUGUUAUGGGUUUUAAAGCUGAAGACUUUUGUUACUGCGCUUUCUUUCCCCCCUUCCUAAAGCUGCAGAUGCACACAGAGAGCGACAAGCUAGUACCGUCCAGAGAUGCCACGGCUGUUAGGAAAAGUUUUCUUUCAAAAAUAUUGGGUUUAUGGCCUCAUCACAGCAAGACAUGAUACAGCAAAAUCAAUCCGUUUGUCUGUGGGAAGCGUUUGGUUUGCUAGAAAGCUAAGCACUAACACUCAUGCUAGUUGUGGGAGCCAGUUGUUUAGCUUGUUAUGGCGAUUGUUCUUUAAUUAAUUCUGUUAAGAGAGUAGCAGAAGCUCUUUAAACCUUCUGAACCCCCAAAUUUGCCAACAGGUUUGGAAGUCAUGCUAUCUUAAAAAAAAAAAAAAAAAAAAAAAAAAAAAAAAGCCUAAUUAACACCAUUCAUCAACUUUUGGACAGUCCUUGAACUACUCAACUGGAAAACCAAACCAAACCUGAGCUUAGAAUUGUCAUUUAAUGCAAAAUCACUUACUUGAUUUCAUCUGUUUGUCUGUGGGAAGUGUUUGGUUCACUGGAAAGCUAAGCACUAGCACUCAUGCUAGUUGUGCUAGGCGGUUUUCUUAAUAUGGUAAUUCUAACCCUAACCCUGGUUAAGGUAGCUUGUCGUCUGUCAGUUAGCAGCAUGCCUGUUAGCUUGGUUGCUAAUGUCAGCAAACUAAUUCUCCAUUUUUGUGCAGCAGAUUUGAAGCUUGUAGAAAUAGUCUUUAGUUUUACAAGUUUGUUCAAUCUACCAGCCACUUUGGCAGAUGAAUAAAAGUUAAUUUCCUGCCAUUCUAACAACGAACCUGAAACUUUUUGAAGUUCCAUGCCCCGUCCAGUCCAGCAUCCACAUAUACUCCAACAGGUAAUUAACACUGGAUUGUGCACAAAGCUGUUUAGACAGCAGCUUUCGGUGAACAACAAUGAUUCAACCGUUGACUUUAAAGAUGCGAUUUUCCAAGUAGAUGUUGCUCGUUAUGACUGUUUGCUGUCCUAAAUGUUUCUGUGAUGAGGCCUUAAACCAGGUAUACCUGUCCAUCUUGAAGACAGUCAGAUGGAAGAAAAGUGUGCUUUUUUCUUGGGCACUUAACAGUGUUUAUUAGCAUCAUUAGCCCGGCUGACAGCAGCUGGACGACCUGUGUGUAUCUGUUUUUCUGUCUUCAUUAGCUCACCAACCACAUCCAGACUUUAAAAGGUUUCUAAAAUGAGAGCUUUUUCAUUAGCUACCACCUCUUGGCAGAUCCACGUUAUGUGCCAGUGAUUGAUGACAGCAGCACUGAGUGAGUAAAUGUUACUGAAUCAAGUUGAAUUCACUUUAAAUUGCACUGAAUCAAAAUGAGUGGCUGUAAGUGCGACUCUGAGCAGAGAGCCAAAAAAAAGGACGCUGUACUGGCGGCGGCAUCGUCCUCCAUCUGCGGCUCCAACGAACUUUGGGGAUCAAAUCCGACUCAUGCAAGAAGUCGCGGUCGUUCCUCAGCCAAAGCUCCAUGAGGUCCACUGUUGGUCUCUCUGUGCAUUCUGGUGUGUGUUACGUUUUUUUCCAUUGAGGGCUAUUUCUGAGGGUCAAAUUUGAAGUCAAACUUGAGCCGACGGGUUUGACGCGAAACGUGCUCGAUUUGUUUUUAUAAAGAAUAUAAUCAAAUUUUGUUGCAAAAAUGCACAUGCAGAAAUGUUGCACUUACGCGGCUCUACUGCCGCUGUAGAGCUGAGGAAGAGAUUUGAAGUUUGUAGAAAUGAUAGGAGUUUUUGGGUUUGUUUAAUCCACUGGCCACUUUGGCAGGUGUUAUUUUCCAGCCGUUCUAACAAACGAACUUGAAGCUUUUUGUAGUCCCGUCCCCGGUCCCGUCCAGCACCCACAACCAUCAGUGAUAGUCGAGUAUCAUCGUCCACUCUGCUGUGAAAUCUCUAGAAUCUUGCUUCAGUCUCUCUAGUCUAGUCGGUCUAUCUCUAGAAUGCUUUUUUAGUCUGUUUCGUCACCGUGUGUGUAGAUAUGUUAAAAAAAAAAAAAAAAAAAGCUAUAAUAACCAGUUCCUGUUUAGACUGUCUUUGCCCAUCCAUCACUGUCGCUGUUGGAUAGAUUACCGCUCUUAGAAGCUUCUUGUCGCAGUCUUGUGUUAGCUUAGCCUCCACCUCGUCCUCUCCUCUGCCGGCGUCUAGACUCUAUAGCUCUAUUAUCUCUCUCGGUGUCUCUGUCUUUUAGCUGUAGAUGAAACCUUUCAGAGGCUCUCAGGCUUUGUGGUUUGCUCUUUCUCCUCGCUGUCGCCAUCGCUCCAGUGUUUGGUAGAUCACGUCUUACUUCCUGUCUCGACAACGUCUGCCUCUGCCUCAAUGUCAGUGGCCUACAAACCGUCUCUGAUGGGACCCCGACAGCGAAUCACAUGAUGUCCAGGUGUUUUGUGAAGAAUCGGAAGAGACACACGGUGCUUUUCUAGAACAAAGUAGUCAACAAAUGGAAACGAGCUUUAGUUCAGUAGAUUUCAGCCGCAGCUGGAAGGUUUGACGGUCGACCAGCUCUCGUUCAGGGCUUCUUAUGGAGUUUUUUGAGUAGGAAACGUGUGAAUCCACUAAUCAAGUUCAGUUAGACUUUAAUUAUGCUUUCGUGCAAACUUUUUUGCAGAGAAAGAUGUCAUUGGUGGUCGCAAAAACCCCGUAAAGCUCAACAACAUAGUCGUCUUCAAGCAGGGAACUAAACUACCCUUCAAGGCACUUAAUACCAUCUUGUCCCAUCCGUUCGAUACGUCCAAAUUCUUUCUUUCUUGGAUGGUUUGUUUGCAAUCAGUCACAGUUUAGUUUUCUUUACGUUGUGGUUUCCCUGAACGUCGCUCCAGACAAGUAUUAUACAGAAAAACUUACAACUUGAGAAGGAAAUGCAAAAUUUAGCUUUCAAGCCAAACAUGACUGAACGGAAAUCAGAUUUCUGGCGUUUUUCUGGAUGAACUUCCUCCGUCCUCACCGUCCUCUCCGAGGAACCUUCCAAGUCCCAAGUUGGACACUCAUGAAACUAUUCCCUUAAUGGAUGCUUCUGCUUUGGCACCAACAUUUUUAAAUCCUCUGACAGCUGCCUUACUGUCUCUAAUCUCGUGUGAUGAAUCGGCGCUUCAGAAAGAGGAGUCGCUGCCAUGGCACUGAUCCAGAAUCAGGUCAUCGCAGCUCCCGGAUCUUUAGGUAAUCGAUCACAUCAGACUCCUGAUGUUCGUAUUAACCUCAUUUGAAAACUAAUUUGGCCAGCUUUGGUGUGAACAACGGCGUUUUGACUGCCAGAAUGUUCAUCGGUGACUUUUUUUUUUCUUUAACGCUACAUGUGUUCUUCUUCUUGUUCAGUUAUCGGCUUUUCUUUCCAUUUUUUUCCACAUUUCUCUGCAUGGAAUCCAGUCCUGCCUGUUGCGACGAGGUUUUCUCUGUCUGUCUGUCUCAAGUGGUUUCAAAAUGUCCAGACUUCAGGGGCGUAGAAACCGAGACCACCAUGGGUUUUGGGUCUCUUAAACGUCUCCUUUAGUGUCGAUGUAACUGCCAGUAAUUACUACAGCUUUAUCACGUAGGUGGUUUUGUUAUCCGGGGAGGGGUUUGGCCGAGCAUGCGGGCUCUUUUUCGGCGCUUCCCUCCCUCAAAUUCAGACUCUUUUUCUCACAUUUACAGCUGGGAGUUUCCGACCACUGUUCCCUGGUCCGUUUGGGAUCAGUCCAGGCAGCCUGGCGGCGACGUCACGGAGUUUCUCUCGACUUUAAAAGCUGCUACCGCCUCUCUGCAUCGUUGUAGCAUGAAUCUAGGUGGAGAAGGAUCGACAAAUAAACCUUGAUGUCAUAUUAAAUCGUCUGUUCUCUGCUAAGGCCAAGUGUGUCAGAGAGCAGGACUCUUCUCUGGCCAGCCAUCUCUCUCUCUUUCUGGGGUCAGUGAGUGCAUGGUUGUAUCGUUGUCAGUGUUUGUUGUCCUUUUUUUCCAAAAAGCAUGAUAUGACAGUGAUGGUGAUGAUGAUGAUGAUGAUGAUGAUGAAUCCUCUCCUCUUGUUGUCCCCGUUUUCAAACCGUGUCGUCCGUCAAGCCGAAGGGAUCGUACUUGACCAAUCGUUUGCCGUCCGCGACAGCAGUUCCGUCACUCGUGAAUCUGACGGAUGUUUGCGCUGUCGAUAAAUGAGCCACUGUAGCAAAAACGGAGCGCCAAACUUUAUUUUUUUGUUUUGUUUUCCUUCUCCCAAAGAUCUUACGUUCGUUGCUUGCAGCACACGUCCUCGGCGGCGGGUUUGUGGCCGGAAAACCCAAAACGACAGAAACAGAGAGAGAGGCCGUUUAACGGAUAAAAAUUUCCUCAUUUUUUUUUUUUUUUUGUCAGUGAGUUGGUGUUGAAUCAAAGAUCUCUUGUGCACGUUCUGUUUUUUCUACAUCUGUGUUUUUUGGUAAGAACCCUCGGAUUGCUGCCUCACUUAUACUGUAUAUAGAGAAUUACAAACACUCACGACACAGAGCUUAAAGACAUAACCUGCAACUGCGUUAUUUUCCUUUACCCUUUAUUUUUCUGGAAGAUAUUAGUGUUCCUACAGCGGUAUACUCUGAUUACCACUCGGUGGGGGCGGGCUAACAGACAGACCUCCCCCAUACAUCAGGAUCAGCCAUGAAUUCUCAACGAUGCCAAAUGUUUUCGGAGCAGAGUACACCUUUUAAUCUGUCUGUCUCCUCCCCCCCAUCUCUCUUUGUACAUUUUUUUUUCUAUUUAUUUAAAGCAGAAAUAUAUGGAUUGUAUCAAGCAUGGAAAGGCAAACAAAUGUUACAGUUGACAAAAACAAACAAAAAAAAAUCACAGGCUUUUAUUUUACAGCAGUAUAUUUGUUUAUUCUAGGGAUUUGUUUUCUGUCUCUCUCUUUUUUUUGGAAGAAAUAAAAAGUCAUUUUCCAUUCCUAAACAA